CACGCGGCGUCAGAGACCCCGCCGCGCAGGCCGUCACGGCAGGGCCCCGCCGUACCCCCCCGUCGUGACCCUUCACCGGCUUAGGUGCCCCGAUACGCCCGUGUUGGAACGCAGCACGUGCCGUGUUCAAAGCGUCGGGGGUGGUCACGUCGCCUGCUUGCUCGGCACGUGUUGCCCGCGUUGUGGCGAACGCAUCGCGCCAGACCUGCGCUUCGAAUCGACGUGUUGCGCUCCGUGUCGACACGCUGCGGGCUGCGUGUUGCGUAUCGGGGCAGCCGAGCUCACCAGGAAGCCCUCCCCGCGCGCCGGGGCGCCGCGCUCCGGAGACCCCCACGUCGUGUUCUCCGAGGGCAACAAGGUGGAGUACUACAGCAGCACCAACGGCACCUGGAUUCCCACCAGGGUCACCUACGUGGACGAGGAGACGGGCGCCGUGACGGUGGACGUGAAGCCGGGGCUGCCGAUGAGCUUGCGCGAGCAGCGCUCGCGCCUCCGCCCCCGCACCCGGCCGAGCGCGCAGCACCUGGAGUGGGGCCGGGCCGUGCUGCGCGAGGGCCGGCUGGCGGAGGAGUCGCGCGCCAUCUUCCUCCGCCACGCCGCGCCCGCCCGCCCGGGCCAGGGGCCCGCCGCCCGCGCCCUGCCGAGCGAGGCGCUGCCGCACGCCGCGGCGGAGCUGGACGCCGCGCUGGGCACCUGCGGCUCGGUGUGCUACCUGCGCCACCACGCCGAGAGCGUCUGCGGCCGCCCGCUCGCCGAGGAGGACUUCGAGGAGCUCUUCUGGAACAUGCUCUGGGGCGUCCAGAAGGAGUUCUGCCAGGCGGUCUCCCGGGAGCACGCCGCCACGCGGCAGGAGGCGCCGCCCCGCGACGCCUACCGCUUCGAGAGGACGCUGGGCUCCGGGACCUACGGGACCGUGAAGCUCGCGCGCGAGAAGGCGACGGGUGCCCGGCGCGCGGUGAAGAUGAUCAGCAAGAGCGCCCACCACCAGGACUGCGAGAUCGAGCACCUGCUGUUCCUCGACCACCCCCACGUCGUCAAGCUGUACGAGCACUACGAGGAUCAGAGCUACGUCUACCUGGUCAUGGACUACUGCUCCGGCGGCGACCUCCACUCCACCAUCUCGGAGAGCAGGGGUGCCUGCUGCCUCCUGCCGGAGCGCUUCGUGUCCGACGUGCUGCGCCAGGUCCUCAUGGCGAUCGCGCACGUGCACUCCCAUGGCAUCGUGCACCUCGAUCUGAAGGCUGCCAACAUCAUGCUCACUCCCAGCCGCAGCACCCUCCCGCCCUGCCGUGGCGAGCAGGAGGGCCGCAUCCUGGCGAACGUCCACGAGAAGCCCCACGUGAUGGUCAUCGACCUGGGCGUCGCCCAGGUGUUCCAGCCCGGGAACUUCCGGAGCCGCAAGCCCAGGGGCACCCCAUGCACCAUGGCGCCAGAGGCUUGGAGCGGCGAGUUCACGCCGCGCGCGGACGUCUGGAGCUGCGGCGUGGUGCUCUUCGAGCUGCUGGCGCUGCGGCUGCCCUUCGACUGCCCGUGCGAGCACCAGGGCGCCUCGGCCUACUGGGGCGCCCGCCCGGCGCCGCCCUGGGCGCGCCUGCGCGCCGCCUCCAGCGACGCGGUGGGCAUGUGCCGCCGCAUGCUCGUCUUCGACCGCCUCCAGCCGCCCCUCCGCGGCGGCGUGCCUGGGGGAGUGCUUCGUGCAGCCCGCCGCCGCCGCCGCCGCGGCGCCGCUGCCUCCAGGGGUGGCGCUGCGGCUCGUCGACGUGCCCCGGCGCAGCAUCCUCCACAACAGCGUGGCGCUCUCCAUCGCGAGGGUGUGGCCUUCGAACCAGCUGCCCACCAUCAAGCGCCUCUUCGAGGAGCUCGACGCCUCCCGCACGGGGCGCCUGAACCUGGCCCGCGUCGCGGCCGCCCUGGAGGCGUGCGGCGCCGAGGCCGCCGCCGCCCUCGAGGCCGCUGCGGCCAUGGACCUCAACAGGGACGAGGUCGUGGACUGGACCGAGUUCGUGGCCGCCUGCCUCGACCUCGGGGCCGAGGAGUUCGAGGCGGACCUCUGGCGCCUCUUCCGCCAGGCCGACGGCGACGGCGACGGGCUCCUGAGCCAGCGGGACGUCUCGGGGCUGCUCCUGGCCUCCCUCGACGGCGGCCUGCGGGGCGAGCUGGCGCGGGACGUGUUCGCCGACCUCGUGGGCCGCACCGACGAGGGCGCGCGCCUGGACUGGCCGGCCUUCCGCGGCCACUUCCGGGCCGCCGCCGGCCGGGGCGAGGCCCCGAGCAGGCCCGGGCAGGCGGAGCAGCUGCUGGCCGACGCCCAGGCGCAGGUGCUCGGGCUCCUCGGCCGGGCCCGGCUGGCGCUCUGGCCGGCGCCAGCGGGCACGCCGGGCGCGCCGCUGGAGCAGCAGCUGCGGCGGCUGGCGGAGAUGGGCUUCACGGACCGCGGCAGGUGCGCGGAGGUCCUGGCCAGGCACCGCAACGACCUGGGCCCGGCCGCGCUCGAGGAGCUGCUCCAGGGCGGCGCCCGCGAGAGGUGAGGCUUCCGACGCCUCGCUCGGCCCCGGCGCUCCCCGCGGCAUGGGCGGCGCCUCCGCCUCCACGGUUUCGCAUUUGAUUGCCUACCCAUCUCCACUGCUACCUUCCACCUCUCCGCUCGCUGCCGCUUCCUCGCUUCCCAAUCUGGGUCUCCGCCCCGUCGCCCUGCAUGACUCUCUCCUCUCACAGCAGGGGCCCGGCCGCGUGCCCACCUCAGCGGCAAGGGCCCCGACGCCAGCUUCUGCGUGCAGCCUGGCCUCCCAGAAGGGGGUGUCAGAGCAGA